UCACUACUUCUUAGUCUUUUUUUUUUUUCUUGUGUAAUAUUUUGGGAGAAAAUGACCCUUGCCCUCUUGACUUCCGUCAUGUGUUUCCGGUUGUUUUGAUUUUCCCGCCGUACGGGCUUUCUGUCAUCCGUUCCGGGCUGUUAUAUUUCUGUUCCUAAUGUGGUUUAAUUAAUACGUUUAAUCAAUAUGAGUUCUUCAAACAGCUACAUUAGCUCUUUGGAGCCUAAUGACCGAACCAGGUAUUUUGAGAAAUUAAUGGUAAGUGUCGAAGACGCCGGCGAUAGUUCAAACCCGGAAGUGACUGGUUCGGCGGUGACUGGUGACGGUGUACGCCUACCUGACCCAUACAGUCUGACAGGUUGGAAGGAUGAUUUGAGCCUCUGGCCAGAUACGGACUAUGGGUGCAUCUACACCUACCUAAUCGAGGCUCCAGGUCCGUUUAACGGAGAAGCCAUGAAAGCCUAUAAAUCCCUGGAGGCGUACAAUCUCUUUAUAAGUGGCCAUGUGAGGGAGUGCAGGUACCACCCUAUUGGAAAAAAUGUGAAGGUCUGCUUCCUUAAGGCCAAGGUUGUGCCAGGACAGAGAGUAACAGAGACUCCUCACAACCCAUGGGUGUGUUUGACCAAAAAAGAGGGUUAUGUCAUGGCAGCUCACUGCACUUGUAUGGCAGGAUUGGGAGAGGUCUGCAGCCAUGUGGCUGCACUGCUGUUCGCAGUGGAGGCCUCCAGGUCUCUUCAGGAAAAACGGACGUCAUGCACCAGCAGAAAGGCCGUGUGGAACAAAUAUUACAAAGAUAAGGUUGAUCCACAAAGGGCUGAGGACAUGGACUUUUCGCACCCUAAACAUGGAGUGCAUCUCCUGAUGGGAUGA